UGGUGGGGAUCUUUGCGCAGGAGGCGGGUGAAGGAGGUACUGCAUCCCGUGGGUUGCUAGCAGUUAUUUUUGCUACAUCUGGGCCUGCGGGCGGCAGCUGGACAGUAUGGCAUCUUCCGUGAGGCUUAUGGCCAAAUCCAAGCUGCUUGGACUGACCCAAACUGGGCUCGUUAAGCAGCCUGUUGCGGGCCUGUCCACUGCUGCCAAUGCCAGCAAGACAAAAAAGGUGGCGGUGGCGGCGCUUGGGGUCGCAGUAGGUGGCGCUGCCGCGGUGGGCUUCGCGCUGAACCAGUCCGUGAAGGCCUCCGUGCAGCUGCACCCGCAGCAGCUGCCCUGGACUCACAACGGCAUCAUCUCCUCCCUCGACCACGCCAGCGUUCGGCGCGGCUACGAGGUGUACAAGCAGGUGUGCGCCGCGUGCCACAGCCUGCAGUACGUGGCAUACCGCAACCUGAUCGGCGUCACCCACACCGAGGAGGAGGCCAAGGCGCAGGCCGAGGAGGUCAUGGUCACCGACGGGCCGAACGACCAGGGCGAGAUGUUCGAGCGGCCGGGCAAGCUGUCCGACUACUUCCCCCGGCCGUACCCCAACGACGAGGCGGCGCGUGCGGCCAACAACGGCGCUCUGCCGCCCGACCUGACCUACAUCACCAGCGCCCGACACGGCGGAGAGGACUACCUGUUCCAUCUGCUGACCGGCUACUGCGAGCCGCCGGCCGGCGUCAAGCUGCAGGACGGCCAGUACUACAACCCCUACUUCCCGGGUGGCGCCAUCAGCAUGGCCCAGGCGCUCUACAACGAGAUCAUCGAGUACGAGGACGGCACGCCGGCCACGCAGAGCCAGCUGGCCAAGGACGUCUGCAGCUUCCUGAAGUGGACCGCCGAGCCGGAGCACGACACCAGGAAGAAGAUGAUCAUCAAGACGCUGAUGAUCUUCUCGGUGCUGAUCAGCAUCUCGUACUACAUGAAGAGGCACAAGUGGAGCGUCAUCAAGUCGCGUAAGCUCUUCUACCGGCCCAAGGAGCAGUAGAGACCGGAUGGCGGGCGCCGCCGCCGUGUCGCCGCGCUGAUCUAGAGUGCUCGCCGGCGGCCGCCCCGGCCGGCAGCGGGUUUAUGGGUGAGCGGACGCCGCCGGGCCCGGCCAGGGGCGGGUCCAGCUGACCUCUACCGAACGGAAGAAGAAUGACCCUGAAAUUCUGACGACUUGUUAUGGUUUUACAUCGCGUAAAAUGUGCUGGUGUUUUAUUCUGCACGGGCGCCGAUCGUGUAACAGCAGCUGAUUUCCUUCCGCCGGCGCGUGGCUCGUGCCCGCCCCUGUGCCCGGUCAGUGCGGACAAGUGUACGUGAGACGUGUGCGCGGCGCGGGCCGGACUGUCGCCCGGGCCGGUCUGAUCCGGCCAAAUACACUGCGCUGCGGCAA